AUGGCCUUUACUUGUUCUGAUAUCUGUAAAAUCUUUUUCGCUAUUGUUCUUCCUCCUCUUGGUGUCUUUUUGGAAAGAGGUUGUGUAUGUGAUUUCUGGAUUAACAUUGCUUUAACCUGCCUUGGUUAUAUUCCUGGUAUCAUCCACGCUCUUUAUAUUAUUCUGAAAUAUUAGUCCACAGCAUACUCAUAUACACCAUUUGUACUAUAUUUAUCAUAUAUAAUGUAAUAAAGAAUUUAUUCAAGAC